AGAAGCAAUCGAUCUUAAAUCGAUAUUUUAAAAUGUUGUGUACUGUAUUUUUCAUUUCUAUGGUAUCGAUUGAAGAAACAAUAGUUUUUUACUUCUGUGUAGCGUGUUUCGUGUCAUAAUUGUCAUUUUAAUUCCUCUAAAAUAUGCUUGAAUGUCUGGACUGAUCCUUCACUACAAGGCCGCUGCGCCUCGCUCAGCUGCUUUGGUGUAGCGGCUGUGUAAAUUGAUACGUAAAAUUUACGUUAGCUUGCUGGUUAAAGGAAAUAACAGAUUGUGUCGUGUUUGUUAUGAAUGGAAAUGUAUAUUUUCUAUUUGGGCUAAAUUAGCGGCACAUGUAGAGUAAAGAGCAUCCAACUCUAUCGAUUGCAGUACCGAGCAAACGAAAUUAGUGUUUACAUUUUUCGAUACAUAACGUUAACGGUGAGCUUUGGUGUUAGCGUGCUGGCUAGCUAACUGUAAGGAGCCGACACUGCGUAAAUCAUACUAUUCCUCUUUUUUAAAUUUAUUUUUUACUUCUACUGUCUCUUACGAAAUGAAUCGUUUUAAUGUCAGGGAUAAAUGCACAUUUUGCUCACAAUUGUCGUCCUGUGUUUAGCGUUCAUCCGCAGCUAACGUUUUAUUAGCCACCUAUUUCAGGUAACAUUAGCGGCAAAUGCAGCUUUCCUGCCCUAUCAUUAACUAUUUUCGGUGUUCACACUACAGACCCAUAAAGACAUUUUUCCUGCUCUGCUUGAUUGAAUAUUUGACUUUAAAGUGCUGGCAAAAUAGUUGAAGCAAUGUUUCCAACUCAUUUAUGCUCUGGUUUCAUUAUUUUGCAGGCUUCCCUAGGAAGUUCAAGUCCAGUUGGCUCUUUAUCGUCAGAGGACCAUGACUUUGACCCAACAGCAGAAAUGUUAGUUCAUGAGUAUGAUGACGAGAGGACUCUGGAGGAGGAAGAGUCACAGGAGGGAGGGAGAAAUUUCACCUCGGAGAUUGCAGACCUUGAAAAGGAAGGGAACAUGCCUUUAGAGGAGCUUUUGGCAAUCUAUCGCUAUGAGGCCUCAGCAGGCUCCAGUAUAGACAGCUCCUCUGGAGACCUUACUGAUGAGCUGCCUGACAUGACUCUUGACAAGGAGGAAAUAGCUAAAGACUUGCUGUCUGGGGACUAUGAGGAGGAGACCCAGUCAUCAGCUGAUGAUCUGACCCCCUCAGUCACCUCCCAUGAGGCUACCGAUUUCUUCCCAAGAACACUUCGAUCCAACGCUAUCUCUGAUGGUGAUAAAGAGUCAGAGUGUGAUGAAGAUGGCCCAAGCCCAGAGGACUCCAGAAAGGAAAUAAUGGUGGGAACACAGUUCCAAGCAGAGGUUCCUUCUGGCCUCUGUCACUACAAAGAUGGGGAGAAAGUUUAUGAGGAUGAGGACGACUUAUUAUGGAGCCCAGGUAUUUUGCCAGAAAACAAGGUUAGGAUUUUCCUGUCUGACGUGUUGUCACGGACAACAGAUGAAAAGACAGGAUUUGACAAACCGUGGAUGCAUGUUCGAGACAAUGAGCAGGCUUUGUAUGAGCUCGUCAAGUGCAACUACAACACUCGUGAAGCACUAGAGAGACACUGCAGCCGUGUAAAGUCCUCAAAAGAAAAAUCCCCUCCAUGGUCGGAAGAGGAAUGCAAGAACUUUGAGCAUGCACUACAGAUGUAUGACAAGAAUUUUCACCUCAUACAGAAACAUAAAGUAACAACACGAACAGUAGCUGAAUGUGUGGCGUUUUACUACAUGUGGAAGAAGUCGGAGCGCUUUGACUUCUUUGUGCAGCAGAAUCGGUUUGGGAAGAAAAAGUACAGCAGCUAUCCUGGUGUAACUGACCUGAUGGACAGGCUAGUGGAUGAAGCGGAGGGACUGGCAGUGGACAGUUCCUCCUCCGUGUGUUCAGGCGCAGGUGGAGGAGGAAGGCUGGAGACCACCACAGACCAACAGCUCAGCCUGCUUAACUCCAUCACUGCCAGCGACCUCACAGCUUUGAGUAACACUGUAGCCACAGUGUGCAACCCUUCAGAGGUUGGUUGCAUGGACUCCUACAGCUUUCCUCCACUGGAAAGUCUCCAUCGUGGGUCCCUGAACCACGACGAAUCCCUUGGGUUCCCUUCUAAUGGCGCAGAUCCCGACUGCCUCAACAUGCUAGACGCCGGCUUUUACCACUCUGAUCUGGGCCAGCUAGGAGGAGUGUGCGUCAACAAGGACUGUGAGCGGCCCUCCAAGAGACUCAAGAUGGCCCUGCCUGACUCCUUUAUCAAUGACGUGUCUGUGGGUAACCUUGGAGUGGACUUCGAAGCGCGACGGACAACAACGCACCACCAUCGAAUCACCGGGGCCAAAAUGGCAGUGUCUGUCACAGACUUUGGGAGCUUGGCAGGCAGCGGCGAGCCCAACGGUUUUCUGGGAGCACAUGCACGGCACCACACACAGCACACUGCGGCACUUCAGUCAGAGUGAUCUUCCUCAUCUUCAUCCCUUGUUCUUCCUUUUUGAAACCCCCUAUCCGCUUGUACAUAAGACUGACCUCACUGGGGAAU